AUGGACACAACUGAAGAUAUUAGUGAUUUACCAUUUAGUUAUGAUGAUGAAACAGAUAAUGAAGCAAUUGAAUGUCCUAUUUGUUAUUGUCCGUUGAUCGAUCCGGUCGAACAUCAAUCACUGAAUCAAUGUACACAACUAUUCUGCAGACAAUGUGUCGGGAAACUUGACAAAUGUCCAUUCUGUAGAAUGGCAGUUCCACAAUGGGAUACAGUUACACUCUCACCUGCCACACUCAAAUUCUUAUUCAGACCACUCGGUGAAUUAAAAGUCACUUGCAAAGUAUGCAAGAAAUCAACCACCAGAAAGGAAAUAAUCAGUCAUGUUGAAUCAUGUUCAAUCGUUUUACCAAAAGGAUUUGUACCAAAAGUUGAAGAUACACCCACAAACAACAACAAUUCUUCAUCUAAGAAUUUACCAUCGAUUAUCAAUCCACUUUUUGAUUUAACAAGAAGAAUGUUUGGAAGUGCUAGUCCAACAAACGCCAAUAAUGCUACAACUUCUAAUAAUAGCAAUAGCUCAAAUUCUGUUUCGACAAACUCAAAUAACAGUAAUAGUAAUAUGAAUAAUAACUCUAAUUUCAAUAAUAAUAAUAAUAACAAUAAUAACAACAACAACAAUAAUAAUAAUAAUAAUAAUAAUAAUAAUAUAUAA